AUGGACAGGAUGUUGACUGCAGAAGAAGUUGUAACUACAGAAGGCCGGCGUCAAGCUCACUGGAGGCCAGUGAAGGCCAGUCUGGAAGCCUUCCAGACCUCACUGCUCCAUCUAUCCACACGAGAGCUCUCAGGAAAAUCUUCUUUCUCCGCAAGGGCAGGUUUUAGCACUCAAACAACCUGGAGAGUGUCAGAACGAAGAGGCAAGGGAGCACAGGGAGGCAGGGACAUCAGCGCGCUCUGCAACACUAGUCACGACAGAUGGACGAAUCACAAGACCUGGUGAGAAGUUGCUCUAACAAAUAACACUAUGGGCUCUAUUUUCGUGCCUCGCCGGAGACGUGCCACAGGCGCGGCAUAAGUCAGGUCCCCGAGCACAAUUUGGUAUUUUGGUGAGCAGCACAGCCCGGCGUAAGUAUCCCCCCUCCCUAACUCAGCUCCUCCCAGCGGCGUAAGUUGUAGCGAGGGAGGAGACCUGUUUUCACCAAUCACAUAAACUCCUCUCCUUGCCUUUAAAUCUGCCACCGGCGAGGUGUAUUCCAAUUUUAGUAAAGUAGUCAAAGAGAUCAAGAGAUGUGUGAAGACAGCAAUGUCACACGAUGGCGACAGAAUGCAGUCCCUCAACAAGUGUCACUGUAAGCGCUGCAUUGGGCGUCCUCCACACUCUCUCAUAUGAGCACAGAUGGAUUUGGUGUGUGUAGGUUAAGAUCCACUGGUAAGACAAACACCUUUUUCCACAAAUAAAAACAAUCGCAUAAAGUUGCAUAUAUUCAAUCCUCACAUGACAAAGGUGGGUUUAGCGCACAGAUCACAUCAUAAAUUCCAAAUAUGGCAUUAAAAUCGAAACCAUCUGUGCAUAAUGACGCAUCGUGCUCCGUGGCCUAGCUCUUUCUUUCAUUGAUGUUGGCAUAUAAAAUAAAUUUGGCUCACAAAACUGAAUAUUAUAAUAUCCGUAUGUAGGCUUAUCGUAAAUAACUCAUCUGAUCACUGAAACAAAUCAUCUGUUCAGCCGCUGCAGCAGCAGUUGCAGCAGGACGGAGACAUGUCCAGGUCCGGCUGCGCGAGAAAUAAGAGAAAGAGGAAGAAAUAAAAGGAGGGAGACAAAUUACAUAUCUUGUUAACUUCAUCAUGUGUGUCUAUUCACUAGAUAUUUAAUUUAAUUUAAUGCGGUUUCAGCUGUGUUGAUUCGGUCAGUUUGAGUGUCCAAAUGCAUGCCAAAUGCGCUCAUCAGAUCAGAUAUAGAUCAGAAUAUAUCAAUAUAGAUCUAAAUGUAUGUGCUGACUCAGAUUAUUAGUUGUUGAUGAUUAUUUAUUGCACUGAAAUGUGCCUGUCACUGUGGAAACCUGCUGGUGAGGCAUCGGUGACGUAUGCAGAUACUCCGCCAGUCUACCAAAAUACCACUAGACCAGCUGCGCUCCACCUGCACUGAAAGCUGACCAGGUUUGAAUCGGCGAGCUUACAGCGCACUUUAGCGAGCACGAAAAUGUCAUUGCGCCAGCUGAUUGUGUCGACACCUCCCCUCAGCUUGGCGGAUCUCGGUGCACCUCAGUCCACGAAAAUACCAAACUGGCUGUACGCCAGGCUCCGAAAAUAGAGCCCUAUGUGUGUCAUGUAUUCUCCAGUGUGGUAGUCUGUGUAAUGAAGCCACAUAUACCAUUAAGUCAACCCAGAGAUGGGAAAACAUAAAACACAAACAGUCAUUUGGCAGGUGGAUCUGCAGCUGUGGAACAGUCAUCCAACAAAGAAGAUUGAGAUGGGAUUUCUUCAGUCUCUUGUUUUUUCUGUCUUUUUUUUGGCUUGUUCCAGUUUAUUAGAAUUGAAUAGGGUCAACCUACAUGGACACAUUUUCCAACCAGACCUUUAUCUCAAUCGACAGUUGUAUAGACAUGUCCAAACUUGUCAAGGCCACUCCAUAACAGUGUCCUGUGUUUUAUGUAUACCCAUCUCUGGGUUGACUUAAUGGUAUCUGUGGCUUCAUUACACAGACUAACACUGGAGAAUACAUGACUGUCUGUCUGUCCCUGUUGGUAUAUUAUUUUCUUCCAUAUUCAAGCAGCUAUGUAUGCUGCAUGCACACUGUCUUUACAGAACAAAUGUGUAGCUCCUCUAACUGUGGGCUCAAAAGAAUGACUAAAUGUGUAGCUCCUCUCACUGUGGGCUCAAAAGAAUGACUGAGGCAACAUUUAGGAAAGCAGCAUCACUAAACAAGCAGCAUGUGCUAACAUGCCCUGCCAUGAAGGGACAGCCAAUCAAAUUGCCUGAGUUAAGUACUGCUGCUGACAUGAAUCAAGCAUACUGGAUAGAAGGAGUCAAUACUGCAGCCGGUCCGUGUACUUGGCGGCCAAUGGAUUUUCGUUUUCAAAUGAAAAAACAAAAAUCAGGAGACAGUAUGGAAUCAGAAAACGGAAAAAACUAACCAUAUUCCUUUUUCGUUUUGAUCAUAAAAAUCUGAAAAUGACAUGACAUGAAGGGACAGCCAAUCAAAUUGCCUGAGUUAAGUACUGCUGCUGACAUGAAUUAAGCAAACUGGAUAGUUUGAGUGCAAUAUUCACUGGCCUUUAUGUUGUUGUUAAGUUAAGUUUUCUCUGUACUUGAUCAUUGGUUGGUGGGGUACCCCCAGAUGACAAUGAUAAUGUUAGGACUUGUAAGAUCCUCAAAGAAAAAGAUCAAUGCAUCCAAAGUAAUCAACAAACAAUGCUAAACCAUUGGCCAAAUUGUCAAAUGAUAUAAGAAAAAGGAAAAAAUUGUGAAAAUAGCCGAUCUGCAAGCUCACACGCCCCACAAUACAAGGUGUUACGGGCUUGUAGAUCAGCUAUUUUCACAAUAUCUAUAUGUGGAACAGAGUCAAACAAAUUGGGGGUUACCCAGUUCAAAUAUGAUUGUUUUGGGGGGUCAAGUCCUGAAAAGGUUGAGAAUCAAAGUACUAGAUGGCAGCCAUCUUGAACAUUGCGGUCAAAACAAAGUUGUAUGAUUAAAACUAUGUCAGAUUUGGAAUCCUCAUGCUUGACUUGUAUGGAAAAGUGCCUUCAUACAUGAUUCUAGGUCAUCCAGAUCAAAAGUUAAUUUUUAGAGAUGGCGCCAGCCACCAUCUUGAAUUUAGCUGUCUAGCAAAAAAUGCUGGGAUUUUUGCGAGGGACCUGGGGGCUAAAUCUUUUCUAAAGGGUCCAUGGAGGUCAAAUCAAUUGUCAAAACAUCCUUGCCAGAGGAUGGUCACAGAAUCUCACUUUGUGACCCGACUAAUGGCCUGACACCGAGACAUUACAUGAGGAAAAAGCCACCUUUAGAAAAUACUGGAUUUAAAAAUAGAGAUAAAAAUGGUGAAAAGAUUAAAACCUGAUGGACUUAAAUAAGAAAAUAAUAAUAUUAAAUGAACAAAUAAAUAAAAAGGGUAAAAGAAGUAAAAACCUGUGACGGGAAAUUUAAAAAAAGGCUAAGAACAGAGAUAAUGGAUAGAACGACAUAAAAUAAACAUCAAGAACUUUGAUUAAAAUUAACAUUUGCAAUAAGAGAAAUCUAAAAAUGCAAUUAGUAAAAAGCCCGGUUAAAAAAGUGAGUCUUGAGCCUCUUCUUAAAAAUAUCAACAGUUUUUGCGGCCCCGAGGCUCUCCGGCAGGCUGUUCCACAACUGGGGGCCAUAAAAACUGAAAGCCGCCUCCCCGUGUGUUUUUGUUUUGACUUUGGGUAAGGUCAAAAGGCCUGUGCCGGAGGACCUCAGGGUCAGCGAGGGUUGAUAUGGUAAAAGUUAAUCAGAUAAAUAGGAGGGGCCAAGACCAUUUAUACAUCUAAAAGCUAAGAAAAGAACCUUAAAAUCAAUCCUGAAACGGACGGGGAGCCAUUGCAGCGAUGCUAAAACUGGGGUUAUGUGCUCUCGCCCUCUGGCCCUUGUCAGCAUUCUUGCAGCUGAAUUCUGUAAAAGCUGAAGUGUAUGUAAGUUUUUCUUUGGAAGGCCAGAGAGCAGGGCAUUACAAUAAUCUAAACGUGAGGAGAUAAAAGCAUGCAUCAGAACCUCCAUGCUGGCCUGAGAAAGAAACGGGCAGACUCUGGCUAUAUUUUUGAUUUUUUAUGUUUGCUAUGUUUUUAACGUGUGGAAAAAAACAGAGCUCAGAGUCGAUAAUAAUGCCCAGGUUUUUUACAGAUGUUGAUACUUUAAAAUCUUGUAAUUUUGGUAAAAGUGUCUCUCUCAGGCCUUCAGGACCAAUAACUAAAACCUCUGUUUUGUCCAUGUUGAGCUGCAGGAAGUUGACUGCCAUCCAAGACUUGAUGUCUAAAAUGCAAUUUAAAAAGGGCAUCAAUUGGCCCGGUAUCAUCAGGAGACACAGCCAUGUACAGUUGUGUAUCAUCAGAAUAGCUGUGGAAGUUCAUGCCGUGCCUCCUGAUGAUGUCCCCCAGGGGAAGCAUGUAAAGAUUAAAAAGAGUUGGAUCUAAAAUUGACCCCUGGGGAACCCCACACAUAAUUUUAUGGGUUCGUGAGGAACAUGUAUCCAUACUUACUAAGAAGUGUCGAUCAGUGAGAUAAGAGGUGAACCUCUUGAAAAGUCCCCGAGAGGCCGACCAGGUGCUUAAGUCUAUUUAACAAAAUGUGAUGGUCUACUGUAUCAAAGGCGGCGGUUAGAUCCAGCAGGACCAAGACUGUGAGGUUGCGAUUGUCUAAAUUGCACCUGAUGUCAUUCAAAAAUUUUAAAAGGGCUGUCUCAGUACUGUGGUUCCUCCUAAAACCUGAUUGGCACUUCUCUAAAAUGCUCUUUGUAUUUAAAAAAUCAUUUAAUUGUGAAAGUUUUUCCAAGAUUUAAUUAAAAAUGGUAAGUUGGAUACAGGUCGGUAAUUGUUAAAAAUCUUGGGGUCCAGAUUGCUCUUCUUCAGAAGAGGCCUCACCAGCGCCGUUUUAAAGGAAUUGUCUUAAGAGAGCAAUUUACAAUUUUUAAAAGCUGUUCCUCAAAGAAUCCACAAAAUUAAAAAACCGUGUGGGAAUUGGAUCUAAAAGGCAGGUUGUGGGGUUUACUUGGGAGAAAACUCGACCAAGUGUCUGCGCAUCAACCAGUGCAAAACUCUCCAGUGUUUCCUCGGGUAAAAGCAGUGAUCCAGGUGUGUUGGCAGUUAAAAUCUGUUGAGAUAAAAGACUGGAUCUGAUGUUGUCGAUUUUACUUCUGAAGUGGUCUGCAAAAUCCUCACAGAGGGUGUCAGAGGAUGACCCAGGGGUUCUGUUAAAAUUAUUGUUAGUUAAAAUAUCAAUUGUUGUAAAAAGAAAUCUGGGGUUAUGUUUAUUGUCGGUGGUUAGUUUUUUGUAGUGGGAAGUUCUUACCUGUUUGACUGUGCUAUUGAAGGUUAUGAGGUGGUUAAAAAUUUCAAGGUGGACUGUUAAUUUUGAUUUUCUCCAUCUUCUUUCAGCACUCCGUUUGAGCUCUUUGAUAUGCGCGUUUCUCCAUGGGGGUCUUGCUUUUUUCUUGAUUGUUUUAGUGGAGCAACAGAGUCCAGUGUUGACCUUAGAUUGUUGUUAAAAUUGUCAACGAUAAAAUCACAGGGUGCAGGGUGAAUAAAGUUUGCAGCCACUUCAGAAGUUAAUUAACGUUUCCUCACCAUUCUGACUGGGCUCCCCCUCUGGUUAAAACUGCUGAUUUCAAAGAACACACAAAAAUGGUCAGACACAGCCAGAUCCACAACAGAGGGCGCACCGACGGACAGGCCAUAGCUUAUAACUGGGUCCAGCGUGCGCCCCCUGCUGUGAGUCGGCUGUGUCACAUGCUGUUGAAAAUCAAAGCAGUUUUAAAGAAUUAGAAAUUCUCUAGACACUGGUGAUUUUAAUUUACACAGUGACAACAUUAUUAAAAUCCUGUUGUAGGUGGUGUGGAUGAUUGAUAAAAGUUCGGAGAAUUCACCAAUAAAAGAGGAUGAGUAGCGGGGGGGGGGGGGUCUAUACACGUUGAUGCAGAGGAUAGGAGGGCUGCUAAAAACAAAGGUGUGAUAUUCAAAUGAUGAGUAGCUGCUAAAAGGAACUGCAGAAGGGGACAGUGUGGAUCAUGUUAUUGAUGUAGUUCCUCCUCCUUUCCUCCUCCUUUUUGUGGGGGAAGCCUCAGUGACAACAAUAGGUGCAUCAGUGCCAAGCCAUGUCUCAGUAAGAAGGAUGCAGUCGAGCUGUUUUUCCAAAAUUAAAUCAUUUAUGAUAAAAGACUUGUUUAAAAGAGAGUGCACGUUCAGCACAGCCAUUUCAAUGUCCGUGCCAAAUGUGCGCUCAGCCCUUGAUAAAAGGGGGAUUUUAAAAACACUGGGGGGUGUAAAAACAGUCCUUGGUUUCGGUUGUCUGUAUGAAAUGAUGGUUUUGAUGGUGUGAGUGUCCUGUUUUUCUAUUGAGAGUGAUUUGGGUGUUGCUGUUGAGGUGUGUGAGGGGAUGCAGGGGGGUGAGGGGUGGGGGGCAUGUGUGUGCAUGUGUUGAUAGUUUGUCAGGAGGUGGCUGUGGUACAGGAGCAGAGGGUAAGGUCCAUAUUUACAGAUAAAAGCCCCCCAGGUGCAGACGGUCUCCCUUAAAGAGGUCCCGUCUGUUUAAAAACGCUAUAAAAUUGUCCACAAAUGGGAUGCUCCUCCUGAGGCAGUAGCCCUUCAGCCACAGGUGCAGCUGACAAAUAUGGCUGCUAAUUACGUCCCCCAUGACGAGGUGAUGGUAGCGGGCUGGAGAUUACCACACACUUACCGGUGUGCAGCAGGCAAUCCAUCAGGGAGGAAAAAUCCUGUUUGAGGACCUCAGACUGUUGUUUUUUAAGUUCGUUGGUGCCAGCCAGCAGCACCAGCGUGGUGGCCGAGCCAUGUUCCUCGCUAAGCUGCAGGGCAGAGGACUCCACCUCCCUAAUGGUGGCACCCGGGAGGCAGAAGGUCCGGCCGCCCUGCACCUUCACGUGUCGGAUCAUGGAGGUCCCAACCACCAGCGCGGAGGGGGCACGCCAGUCCUGGGUGCGUGUUACCUGUUGGCUGGUGGUACGGUGGUGGCGGGGAGCCGCAGUAGUGGGCGCUGCUCUUCCACGGAGGUGCCAGGAUGGGGCCUGUGGUUUGUGUGGCGCUGUGGUUUGCCCAUCGCGCUCGGCUACCAACCGAUCAUGGACGUGGUCGGUCUGGUGUUGGGCGCCCUGGUUGUUGCCGCAGCCAUAGCCGAGCAGGACGUUGAAGAGAGGUCAGGCUGGUCUCACCGGGCUGGUGAGCGCUACGUCCAGCUGGAUGGAUGGAAGGAGACCAGGCACCCACAGGAGGAAAGUCAUGCAGGCUCAGGAUAUCAAACCUGUUCUCCAGCAGCAGGUCCUGAGGUGGAGCAGGAGGUAAGCAAGUGGACGCCCCCGGAUCACUGACCAGGGCUCCCUCGGCCUGAUGGGCAUUGAUGUCGCCGGAGUUGCUGUUGCAUCCUCCUCAGUGGAGCGCCGCAGCUCUGUGGAGCUGGAGGGAGGUGGAGGGUGCCAAUGCUUUGGGCCUGGCUCCCCAGAGGUGACAAUGGGAAAAGGCUCAUGCAUCCGCCGGGGUCCUGGUGGUGACAGGUCCAUGGCAGGGUGGUGUUGUUGUUGGUGCCCACCAAGCUCCAGUCUUCUGCGCCGUAGGCCCUGA